CACCCUGGAUGACACAGCAUCAGUGGUGGGCGACGUCUUGGGUUCCCGUCGUUGACAGCCUUUUCGUGCUGAGGACUUUUCCCUCCCUGGGUGAUGAGCCGUACACUUUGGAGAUGUCACGUGACCUUCCUCACCUGCUCUUCUCUGCAGUCCUUGAAGGCGGCCUUCAGCACAGACCUGGAGCGGAAUAGUGGCUUCCACGCCUUUGGCAUUGGUGUGUGAGGACCAGUCUGGAGAACCCAUGUGACUGUGGAGUUGAGUUUGAUUCAUGACCAAAGGCACACGGUCUCCUCCCUCUCUCUCCUUGGCACUUUUCCCACAUGAGGGGAAGACCAGCUUCAUAGAAGACAAGUGCCUGGAGUAGGAGUCGCCUUGCCACCAUGAAGGGAGCCUGCGUCCUUGUGUGGCUGUUCUCGAGCCUGGGGCUGUGCAGACUGGCCCAGCUGGAGUCACAUGAUGCCCAGUGCCAGAGAGCUGAGCACCCAGUCAUUUCCUACAAAGAAAUUGGCCCCUGGUUGCAGGAGUUCAGAGCGAAGAAUGCUGUGGAUUUCUCGCAGUUAACAUUUGACCCAGGACAGAAAGAGCUUGUGGUAGGAGCAAGAAACUACCUCUUCAGAUUGCAGCUUGAGGAUCUAUCUCUUAUCCAGGCUGCUGAGUGGGAGUGUGACGAGGCGACCAAGAAGGCGUGCUACAGCAAAGGCAAAUCAAAGGAGGAGUGUCAGAACUACAUCCGGGUGCUUUUGGUUGGCGGCGACCGGUUAUUCACCUGCGGAACCCACGCGUUCACCCCUGUGUGCACCAACCGCUCGUUAAGCAACCUGACUGAGGUCCACGAUCAGAUCAGCGGCAUGGCCCGCUGUCCUUACAGUCCCCAGCACAACUCCACAGCCCUGCUCACGGCCGGCGGUGAGCUCUACGCUGCCACAGCCAUGGACUUUCCGGGGCGCGAUCCUGCCAUUUACAGAAGUCUGGGGGUUUUACCCCCACUCCGCACUGCGCAGUACAACUCCAAGUGGCUCAAUGAGCCGAACUUCGUAUCCUCAUACGACAUCGGAAAUUUCACCUACUUCUUUUUCCGAGAAAAUGCUGUGGAGCACGACUGUGGAAAGGUGAUUUUCUCCAGGGCUGCCCGGGUCUGCAAGAACGACAUCGGGGGACGCUUCCUGCUGGAGGACACCUGGACCACCUUCAUGAAGGCGCGCCUGAACUGUUCCCGGCCCGGGGAGGUGCCUUUCUACUACAACGAGCUGCAGAGCACUUUCUUCCUGCCCGAGCUGGACUUGAUCUACGGCAUCUUUACCACCAACAUCAACAGCAUUGCCGCCUCGGCUGUGUGUGUCUUCAACCUGAGUGCCAUCUCGCAAGCCUUCAAUGGGCCCUUCAAGUUCCAGGAGAACUCUCGCUCAGCCUGGCUGCCAUAUCCGAACCCCAACCCCAACUUCCAGUGUGGCACUGUGGACCAGGGCCUGUACGUGAACCUCACAGAGAGGAACCUGCAGGACGCUCAGAAGUUCAUCCUGAUGCACACUCCUUUCACUCUCAAUGCUAACCAUGGCCUUUCAGCCUCAAGCUUUGGGCCUCGCUUUUAUCAAGCAGCAGAACCCACAAGAACGCCAGCAUCUGUGGGCUUGGGGUCCAAUCGGACUGGGUGGCUGAGCCGGCGGGCACCGUCUCCUGUGCCGCUGGUGGCUGCAGUCCACGCCCGCGGUGUCCGCGGGCUUGUUCCUCCUGCAGCCCCGCUCCUGGGCUCCUGGGGUUCUUGCCGUGUCCUCACGGGGUCUUCCCUCUGUUCCUUCACCCGUCUAGUUCACCACGCUGUUACGGUCCUUGUCAGCUCUAAGUCUACCUGCAAGUGUAAUUCACAAAGCCCAGGGCUGUGUGUGCUGAAUACUCUGUUUAAUUGGGAAGCAGCCGUGAAACUCGUUGACCCAUUUUCUUCCCACCUUAUCACCUUCACAGAUUAUGGCACCAUUAAGAAAGUACGGGCACCCCUGAAUCAGACCUCAAGCAGCUGUUUGCUGGAAGAGAUUGAGCUCUUCCCGGAGAGAAGGAGGGAGCCCAUCCGGAGCCUGCAGAUCCUCCACAGCCAGAGUGUCCUGUUUGUGGGUCUGCAGGAGCACGUGGCCAAGAUCCCCCUGAAGAGGUGCUGGUUCUACCACACGCGCAGCACCUGCAUUGGGGCCCAGGACCCUUACUGUGGCUGGGACGUCGUGAUGAACAGGUGUACCAGCCUGGAGGAGAGCCUCAGCAUGACUCAGUGGGAACAGAGCAUCUCCGCCUGCCCGACCCGGAAUCUCACUGUGGACGGGCGAUUCGGCCCGUGGUCUCCGUGGACGCCCUGCACUCACACCGAUGGCAGCGCCAUGGGGUCCUGCCUCUGUCGGUCCCGCUCGUGUGACAGUCCGGCCCCACAGUGCGGCGGGUGGCAGUGCGAGGGCCCCAGCAUGGAGAUCGCCAACUGCUCCAGGAAUGGAGGCUGGACUCCCUGGACCUCCUGGUCGCCCUGCAGCACGACCUGUGGCAUUGGCUUCCAGGUUCGGCAGCGGUCCUGCAGCAACCCCACACCGCGGCACGGAGGCCGGGUGUGUGUGGGACAGAACCGGGAGGAAAGAUACUGCAAUGAACAUUUGCUCUGUCCGCCGCACAUGUUCUGGACAGGCUGGGGCCCUUGGGAACGGUGCACUGCCCAGUGCGGGGGUGGCAUUCAGGCUCGCCGCAGGACCUGUGAGAACGGGCCCGACUGUGCAGGCUGCAACGUGGAGUACCAGCCUUGCAACACCAACCCGUGUCCUGAGCUGAAGAAGACCACGCCCUGGACGCCGUGGACGCCCGUCAACAUCUCUGACAACGGAGGCCACUAUGAGCAGCGGUUCCGAUACACCUGCAAAGCUCGCCUGCCAGAUCCGAAUCUGCUGGAGGUGGGAAGGCAGAGGAUCGAGAUGCGGUACUGUUCCAGUGACGGGACCAGCGGCUGCUCCACCGAUGGGCUUUCCGGGGACUUCCUGCGCACCGGGAGGUACUCGGCCCACACUGUUAAUGGCGCGUGGUCGGCCUGGACAUCCUGGUCCCAGUGCAGCCGUGACUGCAGCAGGGGCAUUCGGAACCGCAAGCGCGUUUGCAACAACCCGGAGCCCAAGUACGGAGGGAUGCCGUGCCUGGGCCCGUCGAUGGAGUACCAGGAGUGCAACAUCUUGCCCUGCCCAGUGGAUGGUGCAUGGUCGUGCUGGUCAUCCUGGUCACAGUGCUCGGCGACAUGUGGUGGUGGACACUACAUGAGGACGCGCUCCUGCACAAACCCUGCCCCGGCCUACGGAGGGGACAUCUGCCUGGGGCUGCACACCGAAGAGGCCCUGUGCAACACACAGCCCUGCCCAGAGAGCUGGUCCGAGUGGUCUGAAUGGUCUGUGUGUGACCCAUCUGGAGUCCAGUUCCGCACCCGCCAGUGCAUCCUCCCUUUCCCAGUGGGCAGCCAGUGCUCUGGGAACAACACGGAGAGCCGGCUGUGCGCUUUCGACUCUAACUUCAUCCCAGAAGUAUCUGUGGCAAGAUCCAGUAGUGUAGAAGAGAAAAGAUGUGGAGAGUUCAACAUGUUCCACAUGAUCGCUGUGGGCCUGAGCAGCUCCAUCCUUGGCUGCCUCCUCACCCUGCUUGUCUACACCUACUGCCAGCGCUACCAGCAGCAGUCCCAUGAUGCCACCGUCAUCCACCCGGUGUCUCCGGCCCCUCUGAACACCAGCAUAACCAACCACAUCAACAAACUGGACAAGUACGACUCGGUGGAAGCCAUCAAGGCAUUUAACAAAAACAACCUGAUCCUAGAGGAAAGAAACAAAUACUUCAACCCACAUCUCACUGGAAAGACCUAUUCUAAUGCCUACUUUACAGAUCUCAAUAAUUAUGAUGAGUACUAAUAGCUCUUCUAUUUUUUGGCUUCUUGUAAAUCCUCAGUUCUGCAAAGCCUGUGCUCUACGACUUCCAUGUUUCUGAGGCUUCUGAGAGGAAGUCUGGGUCUAUUUCAAGUGCAUUUCAAGCCAAGAGUGUCCCAUUGCUGCCAAAAAUACACAUCCUUAAAAGCAACAACAAAAAAACUAAAUGCAGCAUCAUGAAAAUCUGGUCUGCAGCAAACACUUGGUAGUUGUUAAAUGAGCCCUAGUGUGAAGUUCUUUACUGUGUUCCGCCCAUUUCUCUAACGAGUCCAUUGUCUCAUGAGCUCUAUUUUACAUAUGUGCCACUCAUGUUGGAAGGAGUAUUAGAAAUACAGAUUUCUUCUUCAUUUUGAGCAUAGAUCUUCAUGAUGUUUUAAUUCAAGAAAAUAAGCACCUUAUAUGAGAGGCCCCUCUGUCCUCAAGGCCCAUAUUAUUUGAUAAAAUGAAGAAAAUGAAUUUGGCCCAACAAGUGUUCACCAUGACCUCCCAACUUCUCCAGUCUGGAAAAUACCGUGGAUUCUCAGAGGCACCCGCAUUUGGAUUGGGAAAGCUUCUUGCCCGCUGGGGACGCCCCGGGUUCCCACCUGCCCUGCACCUGCCCGGUGACUGAGCAGAGGCCCCGCCCGCUCUGAGGCCCGGACUGUGCUGGGCUGUGGGAUGAGCCUGCGGGUCAGAGGCACAGGCGCGGGGACUCGGGACAGCGCUCUGCAGCUCUCGGCAAAGCCAGCCUGACCGCCACUGCCCGUCUCCUGUCGCCCGAAGCCCGACUGCCUGGUCCCCUGAGCGGCCGGCAGGAUAACCACUCGUCAGCAGUGGAUCACUCCAGGCCGCCUCUCCCUGCCCAGGGAAGUCUUGAACCUUGGUUUGCCGAUAAGGGAAGGUAUGGAGAGUAUGGAUUCGGAACUGAAAAUGAUUUUUAAAACUUCUCCGCGUUACUCAG